AAUACAGUACCUUCAACUAACUUACUAGCAAUUAUAGCUGGAGUAUCGUGGAAGAACCAUUUACAGAUUCAUUUAUUGCAUUUAUUGAUGCAAUACAGACUUCAAUCACUUCGACGCUAAAAAGUGACUACUAAAGAAUACAAAAAACUAGUAGUGGAUGGUAUCAACAAGACAUGACAAAAAAGUGACCAUAACUAUAAAAUUCAGAUUAUUGAGAUAAAAAACAAUGUUGUAAGCAGCUACAUAACUUGGAUUAUUGUUACUGUUAAAGAAAAUGGAAAUGAAAUAUAGUUACAAGUGAUAACUCACGUUACACUCACUCAAUGUAGAUGAAGCGUAAAUAUCAAGAAGGAUGCAUUCUGCCAUAGGAAACACCAAAAUGCUAAAUUUUUCCACGACUGUUUUGAUCAAUGCCAGUGAUCUGGAAAGAGAUGUCUCUGUAAAUUACAGUGCAACUACUCCAGAACCAAGACUCAUCCUUGGUCUACCAGUAAACCUAUUUGCCUACAUAUGUUUAGGAAUAAGUGGAGCAGCUCCCGUUAUAUUCAUCAUUAUUGUAGUUAUAACUAUGAAAUGUUACAGCAUGUACAAAAAGCGAAAAAGGCAACGGUACAACACAAGAUUUCGAAGUGCCAGAGAAAUGUGGUUGGCAGAUAAGGAGAAAUCUCCGGAACAUGAAAGAACCAGAAACGAAAAGCUUGUCGGCUUUGAUAAUACAACAUUCACGGAUGAUAAUGAAGCAAUGCCUAAUCUUCAAGAAGGGAACACAGUAAAAUCUGAUGAUAGUUUAGUUAACAUGGACAACCAGCUUCCAGAAUCACAAGUGCUACAAGUUUAUAGUGAAAACAAUCCCGAUGUAUAUUUCCAGGAUGCCACAUUAUCUCGGACUAACACCAACACAGAUAGCCCUAAAAUACAGACAACUAAUUUCAACUGUAAUCCACCUAGCAUAGAAGAAGCACAAGCGAUUGUAGUCGAGUGCUUUGAUAAAGUGUACAGAGACUUAGAUGAUGAUAUGAAUAAUUCUAGUGAUACAGACAGUGGGAGAGUAUCGCUUGGUAAUACCGUCAAAUCAGACAGGCUGUACAUGUACAUGGCCAGUGAGCAGUCAACUGUGUAUGGCAAAGGGGUGCAUGCUGACAGAAGGGAGCGGGGUCAGGAUGGCAUGAUUAAGCCUGAGUACCAUGAGGGGGAUGAGGAAGAAAAUGAGCCAUUACAUUGCAUAGAGAGAGAAGCUGCAUCUAGCUGACAGUCCUGAUAGAUAGUCUAUGCUCUUCUAUGAAUAAAUCACAUUAAUCUAAACAAAUUCAAGUAAGAGACAAAUGGGAUAUAAAGCUACGAUUUGUCAAAUACUAUUGAAAACCAAUGCAAAUGUAUUAUGGAUGUAUUUUUAUGUUUAAGAUUCUCUGAAAUUGAAUAAAAAUAAAUCCAAAUUACUAAAUGGGAUUUAUUCUUAAAAGCUUGUAUCAAAUAUUAUAUCAGAUAUGGUUGAAAACUGAAGGCACCAUGAUACAGACACAGGUGCAUAGAGAUA